AUGCAUGGUCCAAUAACGUUACAAAAUAUCUAUCAAGCAAUACCAGCAGCAACACUUCAAUUUGCUGAAGAUGAAUAUGUUUGGCAUGCUAAUCGUCCCGUAAACAUGAUAUUAGCGACAGGAGUACAAUUACCAAAUGUUUUAAUAGAUUCAGUAGCCAAUACUAAUAUUGAAAGUGAACAAUUUUUUUCCAGAAUGAUUGAAGAUAUUAUUGUUGAAUAUCAAAAACGACAUCCAAGUGACCAUUAUUCAGCAUUAAAGCAAUGGAAGCAGAAACAUGAAAACGAUCAAUACAUCCAAUCAACAACACCUCGUCGAAUGAAUGGAUUUGAAACACUUGUUGAUGUUGUUCAACGGCGUCAUUUAGGAAAACUACAACGAUAUUUUCUAAAUGUAGUGUCAACCAAUCGUCAUUAUAAUCCAUAUGAUUUAAUAACUGUACCCGAGUGCAAGGUUGACCCAGAAAAUCAUUAUCUUUUCUCAGUGUUUGGAAUAUUAAAUAUUCGACAGAAUGGAAUUGAUGUGGAAUUCUAUGAAUUAGCCGAAUGGUAUAGACAUGCUAAACUAUGGCAUGCAUGUCGACAAAUACCAUUUUUUAAAGAUUAUCUCAUUCGAAAAGAAUUCAAUCUGUGGUUAUCAAACGCUCGAUUUUCUCGAUUUUCUCGGCGUCGAUCGGAAAUCAGCAAAACACAUCUGUUAUUAAUGAAUAAUCGUAUAUUUCAAAUGGCACUGCUUGAAAUCCGACGAGUUAUACUUGAAUAUCAGCAAAUAACGUUACUUCCAAAAAUGUUUCCAGGAAUGUCAUUAUCAUUAAAUGAUUUUGAAACAAUGGUUAAACGUCAUACAAAAGAUACAAUAGAAUAUACAAAAAAAUUCUAUAAUCACAUAAAAACAAUUCUUGAUAUGACACGUGACACAUGCGGGAAAAAAUUACAUAUCAUUUUACAAUGUCUCGAAGAAGAUAGUGUUACUUUUAAUAUAUCAGCUGGUUCAAUAUAUGAACAACGAAUAAGAAAAGAAAAUCUACGUAAAGAACUUGAGCAAAUGCAAAAUGAUAUGCGAAAUAUUUGUCCAUUUCUAAACUUAUGUUCGGCAAUGUUAGCAUCGUGUUUAUGUGAUAUUCAACGUGACACAUUAUCGAAAUUCGUAUUGACAAAUGUAACCUUUUUAACAAAACUUCAUUUAAGUGAUUUUGAUUCCAAUCGUAUGCUGCGUUAUCUUCCAUCAUGGGAUGAUUAUUCUGAAAUAUUUCAAUCAAUUCUACAACAACCACAACAAAUGCUUUAUGAACAAUGGAAAAGUAUAUUAGAAUUAGAUACAUGCCUGAGAGAUGCUGAUAAAGUCGGUGAUAUCAUUAGACAAGAAGGAUUAGUGAGUCAAUGUGAAAAAUGUGGGCAAGAACUUUAUUCAGGUUUACAAGAAACAUCCUCAAGUUCAUGUAAAUGUCAAAAACAAAAAUCAAAAGCUUCGACAAACGAAUCAAAUAAUCUCUCAAUCAAAGGUCACGGAUUUUUCGGUAGUACAAAUCGGCAUGAAGUUUUACCCUUUGAAUUAAUUUUUACAAAAGAUAUAAAAUAUAAAACAGAUAUUAAAGAUAUUCUUUCGCAAUUUCGUUUAUCCUUUGAUGAAUUGGAUGCAUAUUGUGAAUCAAAUGAAUGGUUAUGUGAGAUAAAUCGUUUUUGUCUUCAAUGGACACCAAACCAGAUGAAACAAAUGUCUGAGGACAAACAAGUUUUUCUCAUUGAGGAGCAAUUGAAUCUUCUUCGUGGUUGGAUUGAUAAAACACGUACAUUUGAAUUGACGUAUUCGACAGCAAAUGGUUCUUAUGUUGUUCAAAUGGAUUGUUCUGUUAUAAGUCAAGGUCUUUGUAAUAAAGUCGAAAGAAUUUAUUCAGAUUUUGGAAAAUAUCUCUAUCGUUAUGCUUGCUCAAACGCACAAAUACUUAUUAAUAAAUUUCAAACUGCACUUCAAAUAUUCGAUCAGAGACCUUCAGCUAUUGAAGACUUUGCUAAAUAUGCUAGUUAUUUGGCUCCACAUAAAGUAGAACUUUCUUCAAAUCAACAAACUAUUGAAUAUUUUACAAAUCUUUUUGAUAUGAUUUUUAUGCAUUUUGGUCAUUUACGUCAAGACAAUGAAAAUGAACUCAUAGAUAAAUCACUGACAGACACAUGGAAAUUAUUUCAAAAAAAAUUAUCAGAUGCUGCUGAUUUCGUUGCACAACAAACUUUAAUUAUAAAACAACGCUUGAGAGAUACUUUUGAAAAAUAUUUAGAUCAAGCGGAAUUAUUAUAUAAUCAAUCGACGAGUGGCAUUUUUCUUGAUUCUAGACAAGACCCAAUGGAAAUGGUGAAACAAUUAAAAAAAAACUGUAUUGAUUUUAUGGGACUUGAAAAACAAUUGAGACAAUAUGCUGAAUGGCAAACAUUAUUAGCUACCAAUAGCUUAAGUUCUGUAAAUGAAGAUCACGUUGAUAAUGCUGACAUACAGAGUGUUAAUCGAUGGUCAAUAGAAAUUGAUCUUAGAAAAGAUCUAUGGAAAUAUCUUGAAAUAACAUCAAGUGCAAUUAAAGAAUGGAAAAAUACAUUUAUUAAUAAAUUUAAUAUUCGUCGAGCGCAUGAAAAACUCGAAUGUUGGCUAAAAAUUGCUGAAGACUUUAAAGAGAAGAUUUCUGAUGAUGAUCCAAUAGUUCUGCAUUGGAUAUCAAUGCUUCAAGAUUUUGAAGAAAAUCUUGAAUUACUUAAAAAAUUAUUAAGUGAUGCUAUGACUGCAGAACAAUGGAAAGUUCUUUUUCGGGCUAAUGGUCACGAAUAUGAUCCUCAAUAUAAUUAUCGUAUUCAAGAUUUAAUUGAUUUAAAAAUUCUUCAAAUCGAAAAUCAAGCUGUUUUCAUACAAAUACAUAAACAAGCAACAAGAGAACAAAAACUGAAAGAUAAAUUAAUGCAUAUGCAAACGUGGCUUAGUGAACUUCAUUAUCGAAUGGCCAAAUAUAGACCACCACUUAAAAUAGCUACAGUUCGAAAUCGUUUAACAUCAUCGUAUCGACAACGUUUAAGUCGAUAUCGUGAAAUACGUUCACGUACACCAACAGCUCAAAAAAGUCCACCAGAAGCAAUUUUAACUACAGACCUAUCAGCUGAAACUGUUGAAGAGGCAUAUAUUAUGAUUAAUUCUCAAGAAAUUCUUCGUCUAAUUGAGGAUCGUUUAUUAUUACUGCAUAGUAAUGAAUCGUUUCAUAGUAAUAUUGAUAAUCGCCAUGAACAAUUUCAACAAUAUUAUGCAUUAUUUGAUAAUGUUAAAGAAAUGACACAAUUAUGGUUUGAAACACAAAAUAGAUGGAUUUUUUUAAGAAGCGCAUUGGCGAAUUUAAAAGUCGCAAACGAUGAUCAAACCUAUUUGAAACAGAUCUAUAUUAAAUUUGCAGAUAUUGAUGAAAGUUUUCGAAAUUUUCAAAAAUUAGCAUUUCAAAAUCCAUCUGUAGCUGGUUUAGCCAAAGUAGAAAUGAAUCGAGUACACUUUCAAAAUUGGCUCGACGUUUUUAACCAAUUAAUUGUUGAACUUGACUUUUAUUUAAAUGAACAAUAUCGAUCAAAAUUUGGUCGAUUUAAUUUUUUAUCAAAUGAAGAUCUUGUUAACUUAAUCUCAUCUGGUCUUGAUCCAAGGUUUUAUGUUCCAUACGUUAGACAGUUAUUUAGAGGUGUUCAUAAUAUUGAGUUUCACUUGCCCGAGCAAACCAUUGGAACAACUAAUAAUCAAACCAUGAAUUCAGCUGCCAUUGAUGUUUAUGCCUAUCGAUUAGAAGGUAUAUCAUUAUCGAAUAGAGAUGCUGAACAAUUGAAAUUAAUCUCUAAAUUAAAAUUGUCUUUACCAAUCAUUGAUAGUAUUGGAUUGAGUACUCAUAUUAUUAGUAGUCAAAGUUUAACUAAAUGGUUUCAAUCUUUAGAAAAAUUAAUUAAAUAUUCAUUAGCAAAAUUAAUUUUUGAAUUAAUUGAAAAUAAACUUAAUGAACAAUUGACUGAAAUUCUCUUUAAACAGAUUUCAAUAAAUUCUGAAGAAAAUCAAUAUCCAUUACAAGUUACGCUACUUGUUGAACAUAUACUAUUUAGUAUAAUACUCAAAAAGCAAAUUGAAAAACAAGGAAAAUUAUUUAUUCGAAUGUUAAAAUUUAAAAUCGAAAAUCAAAUAAAUGCAAUAACUACAAAUCGAACAAAACAACAAAAUUGUUUAAUUCUUCAAAAACUGUAUUUUCGAGAUAUUUUAUCAAAAUUAAUCGAAAUUGAAAGUAAUUUAACAUUGAAUAGUUAUGAAUGGUUAUCUUUAAUUAAAUAUGAAGUCAAUCAAAACUGUCGAACAGAAAAUAAAAUAAAUUUUGUUCAAUUUUCUAAUCGAAUUGCUUAUAAUUUUGAAUUUAUCGAGCCAUCAUCAACAUUUGUAAUAUCACCUAUGAUGGAACGAACAAUAUUUCAACUAACUCAAGCUAUUUGUGCAUACCGCAUUGGCGUUGUUCAUGCACCAGCACAAUACGGUCGAUCGACAAUUAUUCAAACUUUAGCGCAGUUAUGUGGAACAAAUUGUAUUAGUUUAUUAUGUAAUUCAUCGACAAAAGUUAAUCAAAUAGAAAAUAUUCAUCAAGGCUUAGUUACAUCAAAUAGUUGGUGUUUAUUUAAAGAUAUUUGGCAACUUUCAAUAGACUGUUUGUCUUCAUUGGCAGUAGCUAUGCGUUAUAUUCGUGUUCAAUUAGAAGAACAUCAAAUCAUAUCGAAUAAUUCUAAUCGAUCACUUAAACGUUUCAAAUCUCAAUCAGAUAUCUUUCAAUCUUCGCUUUCAUCAAAUAUAAAUGAAAAUAAAACUCAUUCGAAUGAAUAUCCGAUGAGAAAGAAGAAUACGACUGAAUAUAAUUAUAUAAUAACUCAUAAUCAAGAAUUUAUUCAAUAUCCUUUCACAUAUGGAAUCUUUGCUACAUUAGAUAAUCAUUAUCGAACUUUAUCAUCAACCAUCAAAUUUGAAUGUCGAACGAUAUCAAUGUCAUGUCCAGAUUUCAAAAUAAUUGCUGAAUUAUUAUUAUAUAAAAAUCAUUUAUUUACAAUCAAUGAACAAGAAGAUUGCCGUGAAACAGCACGAAAUCUCGUUGAUUUUAUUGAAUAUUUAAGAUUGAUUUUUAAUGAAAUAAAAUCAUUUUGCUCACCAUAUAUUCUUCUUCAAUCAAUAAUUGAACAAUCGAUUGAUUUCAACGUAAGAGAAGCAAUUGUUAUUGUUCUCAAACGAUAUCAAUUAUAUGAUUCCAAUAUUCCAAAAAUACUCGAUAGAUUUUUUAUUGAAAAUGAAAAUCAAUCGAAUGAAAAAGAUGAUGAACUGUGUUUUGUUGACAGUUUAAAACAAGAAGCAUACGAUGAUAAAAUAACGUUUGAUAAUGAUCAAAUUUUUAAUCAUGCUUCACGUUUAAUUUAUGCACUUAAACGAAAUGAUUUAAUAUUUAUUACUGGACAAUGUGGUUCAGCUAAGUCAAGUUUAAUACGUCUUGUUGAACGAACUAUCAAUAAACAAAUGAGUACAGUUAGCGUUGAUUCUACUGAAGAUGAACAACAAAAAUUAGUGAUAAUCAAUAAAGUCUUUCCAAAUUCAUUUGAUGCAGAUCAAUUUUAUCAUGCAAAAAAUAGCUUCAUUGAACAAUGGAAACGAUAUUAUGAAACGACAGUUGCAACUGAUGCGACAUUCGAUCAAUAUUGGAUUGUUCUUGAUGUUGAUUCUCAUUCAAAUUGGUUAACACCAGAUAAUAUUCAAUAUCUUUACAAUGAAUUUAUUUCGUCAUUAUCUCAUCAUAAUGGUUCAAUAAAAUUAAUGAUUGAAUGUGAUCAAUUACCAAAUGAAUUCUAUGACAAUUGUUCCGUAUUUAAUAAAACUUUUAUUAUAAAUCUUGAUAAAUUUCAAUCUUCAAUGAAAUUAAUUCAAUCAGCAGCAAGAAAUCUUGAAAUAAAACUUCAUCUAUUGGAUUCAACAUUAGCAUCGAUAAAAGAUUUUGUAAAUGACAUAAUUGAACCUUAUACGAAAUAUAUUGAAAACGAGCAUAUCUGUGAUUUUUAUGUAAAUAAUUUCACUGAUUCAUUUAUUAAAAUUCUUUCAGCUUUUAUUGAACAACAUUUAAUUGAUGUUCAACAUAAUCAUGAUGUGCUUGAUUAUAUAUUUGUUUAUUGUUUUAUAUGGGCUUAUGUUCAUCCAAUUCAUGUCAAAUAUGAAGAACAAGUUGUUUCAUUUGUUCGACAAUUAUUAAAAUCUUACGAUUUUCCUCCAUUGAAUUGUAAAUUAACUGAUUUAUAUCCCGAUAUGAAUGCAUCGUCGUCAGCUCGUUUCGUUCUUGUUCGAUCGUGGCUAAAAGUAAAUGAAAUAACUUACGAUUGUAUACCAGAAUUUGAAGGUGCCAUGCGUUUAAUGUCAAUGCUUAUUGCAAGUAAUUAUCCAUUAGGUAUUUAUAGUUAUGAACAAGGUUUUGGUAAAACAACAUUAAUGAAACGUUUAUUAACCAAUAUUCAUCAUCUUCGACUUAUUUCAAGUAGUGAACGCAAAUCAUUAUUACACGAUGAAUUAUUUAAACAUAAUUUACCUAUUUUAACUCAUGGAAAAUCAAUUCGGGGAACAAAAUUUGUUGUUUGGGUUGAAGAUGUUAAACAAGAAGAUACAGAAUUAAUUCGUUCAUGGAUCGAUGAAUAUUCCUCAUCAAAACAUCAAGAUUUAAAUAUUGUUUUAACUGGUCAAUCAUUUUAUUCGUAUCCAUCACGUUUUUCUCGACAUUUUGUCCCAAUUAUCAUUCAUCAAUCAAUUUCAACUUUGAUCGGUUCAAUUUAUUCAAUACCAAUAAAAGAUUGGCUAGAAGAAUUUUCUGCUGAUGCCAUUAGUCAUCCUAUUGAAUUAGCACAUGCUUGUCUUUUAACCUUGGAGGAAAUUUUCGAUUUUUUAAGACAACAUUUAAAUAAAAUAAAAUGGAAUUUACAUCAUGUUGAAUCUGUUAUUAAUGGAAUGUUACUCUUAGAUGGAAAAGUUAAACGAGCUGGUUUAGGAGGAACUCAUAAAGAGUUAAAUAAGUUGACAUCAAGAUUAAAUAAAAAGAAACAACAAGAUGAACAAGUUGUUACCAUUGUUCGAUUGUUAUGUCAUGAAAUUUCAAGAACUAUCCUUGAUCGAUUAAAAAAUCAAAAAGAUCGUUUUCUAUUUCAAGAUUUUCUUUACAAAACAAUAAUAGCCAAUUUUUGUACUGAAUUGGAAUUUCAUGUUGUCUCAAUAAACGAAGGAGAGACAAACAAUAGUUCUCAAAAUAAUAAUCCAGCUAUUGUAUCUUCAACAAUAACAAUGGGAAAGAAACAAGUUAAAUUUAAACUUGGUCUUGUUAGUGAUCGGGCAGCAUUAGCUUCAUUAGAAGGUCCAAUCGUUCCAUUUGGAAAAUUAAUUGGUCUACCAAAAAUAAAAGAUCCUUCAAAAGUAACAAAUUCUGAAGAAAUUAUUGAAAAAUUAAGCCAAUCAACUUAUUUUUCUAAACAAAUUCUUAUCAUGCAUGGUGAUUAUAUUGGUGAUCGUAAUUCUUUUACAAAUCAAUAUCAAGAAUCUGAUAAUAUACAGAUAAGUACAGCACUUCGUUCUUGUCAAUCACGAAUGAGUAAAUCUGCACGUAUGGAUUUAUCAUUUAUACCUCGUACAUGUCGUCAUGUAACAAAUCUAGUACGAGUAUUUUGCUUGCCCAAUAAUGGUCAUGCACUACUGAGAACGAAUCAUAUUGGAUUAGGUCGUCAAGAUUUAGUACAACUAUCUGCUUAUAUAACUCGACAACAAUUUUUCGAUGCUCAUAGUUCUGCACCAUCGAUUGAUGAAAAUGAAUCAGUUAAACAAUGUCUUCGAUCAAGUUGUCUUUUAGCUGGAUUAAAACAAAAGAAUGUUGUUGUACUCGUACGAGAAAAUCUUCUUUCUGAUGAAAUGAUCAAGCAAUUAUAUAUAUUUACGUGUGAGGGAACCUAUCCAAAUCUUUACUCCAAUGAAGAACUUAUUAGAAUUGCUGCAGCACUUUCACCAAAUUUACCAACAACUCGUCGAGUUACAAAAACAAAUGCUGUUUUAAAAACAUUUUAUGCAAGAAUUCGAAAAAGAUUUCAUUUGGUUAUACUUGAAAAUAGUCAACAACCACGGCAUGAAGGCUUAUUGUCUUCAUGUUAUGUUGACGAAUACGGAAAUUGGACAAUUGAUGAAAUUAUAUCAAUUUCUAAAUAUUGGAUGGCAAAUAAAAUUGAUGUUUUAUAUCCAAUUGAAUCUACCUCGAUAUUCGAUGUAGUUUCACAAGCUUUAGCUGAGAUUUAUUUAUCUAUGGAUCAUUAUCGAUUAUUUACUUUGAAAAGCGUUCAAAAAGCCAUUGAAUUUUUCUAUAAAUUUUAUCAGCAUGUUCAAGAAAAAGAAGAAACUCGUCUAUCUCGUUGUGAAUCAAUGCUUAAUCGCAGUAAUAAAUCGGAACGUAUAAUUGAGCUGAACAGUCGAUUUUGUAUUCAACUUCAAAAUGAAAUUGAUGAGAUACAAGAAAAAUUAGUCAAAUUAGAUGCUAAUUUUGCAGUUAAAAAAAAGAAUUUUUCUACGGCUGUAGAAGAUUGUCGUGAAGAAGAAAAACUACUUAGUGAAAUGAGCAUUGCAUUGGAUCGCCUUCGUCAAGAUGCCCAAGCAGAUGUUGAUAAAGCAAGUCCACAAUAUGAAAAUGCAUUAAAGGCAUUAAAAAUGUUAAAUAAAGCUGAUUAUGAUGAAAUUCGAACAUUUCGACAGCCACCACAACCUGUCCUGGCUGUUAUGAAUACAAUUUGUAUUAUGUUUCAAAAAAAACCUGAAUGGUCGGAAGCGAAAAUUUUAAUGGUGAAAGAAAAUUUUUUUGAUGAUCUUAUUUUCUAUGAUAAAGAUAAUAUGCCCGAUGAUGUAUUUAAUAUGUUAACAAAAAUUGUUAAAUUUGAUACAUUUCAUCCAUCAUUUGUUGCAUCUUCUUCUAAAGCAGCAUCGAGUCUUUGCGCAUGGAUUCUUGCUGUUUAUGAAUAUGCCAAAAUUGCACGAUCACAAAAAACAAAACUUGAGCAAGUUAAAACGUAUCAAGAACUUUAUAAUAAGCGUCAACAUAUUCUGGGCGAAAAACGUAUUAAAGCUGAAAAAUUAAGAGGAGAAUUAUCAGAAUUAAUACUUGAACGUCGUUCACAAACUAAUGAAUUACAAUUGAAGAAAAAACGACAGAAUCAUUUUCAAUCAACAAUUGAUAAAACUCGUUCAAUGCUUAAACUUAUUGAUGAUGAUAUUCAAUUUUGGCAAAAACAAGUUGAUGAAGGAAAAUUAAAUAAAAAAACAGCCAUUACUGAUGCACUUUUAGCUUCUCUUUAUUUCUGUUAUCUAUCCCAAUUUAAUAUUGAUCAACGUGAAAAAUUAUUACUUAAUUGGCAAACAAAAAUUUUAGAAAAUAUUUUACCCAUUCAGUCAAAUUUCAAUCCACUUAAUAUUAUUAUUAAUCAAAAAGAAUUCAAUGAUUAUUUAUUAAAACAAGAAGUAUCGUCAAUGGCAGAUCAAAAUUCACUUUUAAAUGCAAUAUCUCUAUCUAAUCAACUUGAUAAUACAUUCGUUUUAUUUAUUAAUAAUCCAGAAGAUGACACAUCUGCAUGGAAUGAUUUAUUGACUAAAUUGAAAAGUGGUUAUGUAGAAAAAGCAAAUCAUGAAAUUGAAUUAUAUUAUGAAUAUAAACAAAAUCAAAUAAAUGCAUCAUCCGCCGAUACUCGUAUUGGAAGUUAUCAGGAUCGAUCACAAAUUUACUCACGUAUUAGUUCAAGUAAAACGUAUAUUACUGAAAUUACAGAAAAAUCUUCACUUUGGGAAUCUUCAACAGCUAUUUCAAGACCAGCUACAUCAAUGCUUUUGACAAAAUCAGCUGGAUCAGUAGCUCUAUCUGAUUUAGAACAGAAUAAACAUUUAGUUUCAAUACCAGAAUUUUCUCUUGAACAAUAUCAAAGACCAGAAAAUAAUAUUAUUCAUUUAUCUGGAAAACAAACAGAAGAUUUUGAUAAAACUUUAUUGGCUGCUAUGUUUUUUGGUGUAAUUGUCAUAAUUGAUGAAUGUGAAUUUUUAAAAUUAAAUUCAUUUUUAUAUCGAUUCCUGCGUUGGUCAUUAAGACAACAACAAUAUUUAUCAAUAUUUCCAAAUCUUUAUCGUUUCGGUGAUCAAGAUAUCUUUAUUAAUUCAUCGUUUCGUUUAAUUUUCAAUUUUCGUCAAAUUGAUCGAAUCCAAUGGAAAAAUAUUUCACUGAAAUGUCGUUUAAUCGACAUGAGUUUAAGUUUAAGUAAACUUGAAAACGAUCUUUGGCUUCGUCUUGUUGAAUUAAAAUGUCAAAAUAAUGUUAUUCAACAAAUUCGUUCAAAUCAACGUAACCAUUUAAUUGCAAUAAAUGAACAAGUUCAACGACGAGAAAAAUUAAUUGAUAUACUUGAAACAAAAGAAAAUUUAACUAUUGAUUCUGAAGACUUAUUAACAAUACUAAAUAAUUUUCAUUGUGAUCGAGUUUCCAUUGAAAAUUCUCUUAAUGAACAUCAAGUACAACGUGAAAUAAUAUGUUCAAGAACAGGUUGUGAAGCAUAUAGAGAAACAGCAAAACAUUUAGCAAAACUUUAUAUAUUACUAAGAGAUUCUGAAAUAGAAUUAAAAAUUCCUAUAAAAUGGUUUAUACAAAUUGUAACAAAUAAUUUAUCGAGAAGAAUUGAAACAAAUACAAAUACAAAUACAACUACGACCGCAACUGCAAAUAAUAAUAGUUUAGAUAUGAUUAGCAAAGUUCAAGCAAGAGAAACUUAUCUUCGUUGUUUUGAAUCAAUUUAUUCUUAUCUUUCAUCAAGCAUGUCAAAUGAUCAUCUUCAAUGUUUUCUUAUUAUAUUUGCAUUGAUUAAACAAGAAAAUAAGGACAACAUUCAAUUAUUAGAAUUUAUUCUUAAAAAACUCAAUCCAUUAAAUCAACAGAUAAUUCCAAAUUUUCUUGAUGAUCAAAAAAGACCAUCAUUUAUUAAUAGCCAUUCAUGGUUAUUAUGUCUCUCCGAUGAAAUUAAUGCAAAAUAUCCAAAUUUAACCGAACAUUUAAUUGAUUAUCAACAUGAAUGGAAAGAAUAUUUGUAUUCAACAACUAAAAUUGAUUUUAUUAAUAAAUCUCCAUUAGAAAAAACAACAACACUUAAUAUUAUUGAUCGAUUUAUUCUUUUGAUCAUUUUAAAACCUGAGAAAAUAUUUGAAAUAACUCGUACAUUCUUAGUUUAUCAUUAUGGUGGUUUUCUUCAUGAUAAAUCAUUGUCAUCUAUAGAUGAUAUUUAUCAAUUAACGAGUAGUGAUAUCCUCAAGCCAAUGAACAAUAUUAUUCUUGUUUGGACAAAUUCGUCUGCCUUUGUUGAUCCGAUCAAUGAAAUUCGAACGUUAGCCAAUCAAAUGAAAAAAUCUCUUCGGCUCGUCUCAUCAAUUGAUAAGAAACGUCUCAAUCGAUUUAUUCACAGUAAAAAAGAUUGUUGGUUAAUUAUUAAAGACAUAAACUUAUUCAACGAUGAUCUAUUACAAAUUCGAGAUUUUAUGUUAUCAUCAAUUGAUAAUAAAAUUUGGCUCAUGUGUGAUCCUUCAUAUGCAACGAAAGUACCUCUCUGGUUAACUCAACGAUGUUUACAUGUUUAUUUAAGUGAUUCGACGCAGGCAUCUUUUGAACUUCGUCUUCAACAAAAGAUUUUAUCAGAAAAACAAUUUCCAAAAUUAGAAAAACAAAUCGAACAGAUUGUUCAUAUUCAUAGUUAUAUUAUCACGAAAAAGAUCUUUUCCAAUAAUUGGAUGAAUUUUGUUGAAAGUGAUUUUUAUAUUGAUCUAAAACAUUUGUUUGAUACAAAUCAAAUGAAUAUGAUCGAUUAUGCAAAUUAUAUAGAAAAUGACGAUGAACAUAUAUUGAUGAAAUAUAUUAAAAAAAGUAUGGAUCCAUCAACUUUGGUUAAAACUAUACCUGAUCCAUCACAAUCCAUGAAUAAUAAUCUAUUCUUAAUAUUUGAACGUUUCUUUGAAAGUAUAGUUCUACCAAAUGAAGAAUCUUAUUCAACAAAAGAAGAUGAAAUGCUUCUUGUUGAGUCAAUUGUUCGUAGUUAUUUAACUCAUUUUCGUUCAAUUUAUGCUCAUCAACAUUCAUCAACACCCUCAUCUCUAAUUGAUCUGUUUAUUUUUAUGGAAUAUCAUUUAUUAAAAUCUCUCGAAAACGAUUUAGCUCAUCAAAUGGAAUAUUUGUUAGAAGUUUUCUCUGAUAUUGAAAUUUCUUUACCAAAGACAGAUUUAUUUAUUCGUUCGAUUCUAUAUGAUUCGAAUUCCACUAUACAAAACUUUGUAGCAAAUUAUGGACUAGCGUUAAGAAAUAUUUCUGAAAGGAAACAAAAUAAUAUUAAUUUGAGAUUUAUUCGAAGACGAAAACAAUUCAUUCAAGUCAUGCGUAUGGAACAAGUUCGUAAACAAGAUGAUCGUAUUUUUCAUUUGAAAUAUGAUGAAAAAAAAGAACUAACAAAUGAUCUGGUUGUAUCAGGUAUUCACUCAACAUCAACUAAUAGCCAAAAAGAUUUCAUUAUUUAUCUUGAUGAAAGUUCUCCAAACGAUACAACUAUGAUAUCAGCUAUUACAUUGAAUACAAAUGAUAAAAAUAUUCCUUGUUAUCUUCCUAUUGUUCAUCGUGAUAUAAAAGAUAAAUCUGAAUUGAUAUCUAUAUUGUCGAUUGAGAAGCCUCAUAUUUAA